CUUGUUGAGAGGUGGAAUUUUUUUUUCUUCCCGAACUCUGAGCCCUGAAUCACUUUUACUCACAGCGGUGUAGCGUGCCGUUCGCGUCUUUAUGAGCAAACUCGAGCGAGUCGCGAUUUGGAAAAUGAACUCAUCGUAGUUGUGGUGUGAAAGUAAACCGUCUGCUGGAGUGUUUAAUUUUUUUUUUUAUAUGUAAGAUGCUAAAUGUGAGGCCGGGGGGAAGCGGGCCCCCAGCUCGCGCCUCGGACUAAAGUAGCAGCUCAAGCCCGGGAGAGGCGUCACCCAACUCGGGCUAGUGUGCACCGCGGACCCGGGACGGAGGCCGGGUCACUGAGGUAAAAAAAAAAAAAUAAUAAGAGAGACGGAGAAGGACAGAGAGAAGAAAAAUCUCUCAACAGCAGUCGGUAUUAAAAUCUCAUCUGUGUUUUAAACUAUUUUAAUGGCCGUCUAUUGGUUUGAUGGCUCGGUAAGAAUACGACAGGACAGAAGAAUCAGAAUCAGAACCAGGUUGAUUGCCAAGUCCGCUGUCACACAGGGAAUUUGUUUUGGUUGUUGGUGUUGGUAAAAGAACGAGGAUGUAUUAUAUAUGUUCGGGUAAACAGCUUAAACAGUGAUUUUGAUCCAACGCCACCUUUUUUUGGUCCUUUUUUUCUGCUUGUAAAAGGAGCCUGCGUUUACUUUUGAGGCUCUGGGCUUAGGUUUGUCUACACAAGUGUCUUAACACUUCGAAGAUGUCAGCCAAGAAGAAGAGCUGCUUCCAGAUCACCAGUGUGACCCAGGCUCAGGUGGCCACGGUUGGCUCUGCGGACGACGCAGAGAGCCUGGACGAUCCGGACGAAUCCCGGACUGAAGACACGUCGUCGGAGAUCUACGAACCAGAAGUGUGCGACCGGAGGAGUUCGGCAUCGCACGGUGCGGCGAACAGCGUCGGCGACGGCGAAGCGGUCGCUCACAGACCGGUUCACCAGCCUGGUGCCACCGCUGCUCCUACCACUACCUGCAGCUCGCGCUUCCGAGUGAUCAAGCUCGACCAUGGCACAGGAGAACCGUUCCGCAGGGGCAGGUGGACGUGCACAGAGUUUUACGAGAGGGAAUCGGAGGCGGCGACUGCUAGGACUGCAGAGGGGCCCAGGCACACCAGCGAACACGCCCCUGACCGGGACAGCGGAUUAGGGGCCUCUGUCGUGGUUCAGUCCAGCCAGGCCUCGGAUGUCACCGUCGUCACCACCACCACCAUCACCAUGCUCGAUCUGUCUGCGUCGCAUCCUGUCGAAUCUGCUAACGACCCCAAUAAAACGGUGCAGCCGCCGGCUGUUCCCCCUCAGGCUCUUCUCCCACCGGGCUUAAACCAAGGCUCUCACGUCCAGAUAUCACCCAGUACUCCUCAAGCUUAUCAGAAUCAGCCGCAGCAAAAUCCUCAGUUACCCUUAGGCCUCCACAUGCAAAACCAGCCUAGCAUGAAGCCCGAGUACGGACAGCAGCACUUGCCCCAUGCCGUCCCCAUAAAAGGGGAGAUCGGCAUCACUAUACCGCCAACCAGCCAAUCGGGAGCUUCCGUUCCGAGUUUAAUGGACUGGGCGGGAGUGAUGAGUGUGGCAGGGAUGGCACCUUCGGUUCAGAUCGGACAGUAUUCGGGUGUAGCCAUGACAGCUGGCCAAAAUUCACCCGUCCCAAGUGCGGUAGGCAUCCCAGUGCCUGAACAGAGUCGGAGGAAAUCAGAUGCGGCUGCCUCUGCCGCCGCCCCCCUCAUCGCUCCUGGUAAAGAGGCGGGGAAACCCUUGAUUACGGAAGAGUUGCCCCUUAUGCCCAACCCUGGGGUGAACAGCUUGUUUGGGAUCCCCAUUCCCAUCGAUGGGGAUGAGGACAGUGCCUCGGGAGCGAGCGUCGUCGCCAUUGAUAAUAAAAUAGAGAAAGCAAUGGAUCUGGUGAAGAGCCACCUGAUGUACGCCGUGCGCGAGGAGGUGGAGGUGUUGAAGGAGCAGAUUAAGGAGCUGUGCGAGAGGAACUCGGUGCUGGAGCGCGAGAACGCCGUGCUCAAGUCUCUGGCCAACAGCGAGCAACUCUCUCAACUCUCGACUCACACGGCCACCACGUCAUCGCCGACGCCGGCCUCGAACCCGUCGCAGCCCAGCGUCUCCUCCGCUUAAGCAUCGCCGCUCACCACACCCACGAGCACGUCCUCGCUCAGCACCAGCUUUAACCAGCAGCGCUUCAGUAUACGUGUGUGUGUGUGAGAGAGAGAGAGAGAGAGAGUAGGUAUGAGUGUGUGUGGGGACCAGAAAUGAUCUAGAAGUGUUUUUUUUUUUUUUUUCUCCCCUCUUUGAAGAUGAUGAUUAAAAAAAAAAAAGCCAUGCGAAGGGUUUAUUUUUUAAAGCCGUUUUCGAGCAAGAGUCUAUUUUUCAGAGCUGAUCAUGCUUCAUGAAAGGAAAAAAAGUAGUGUGUGUGUGUGUAUGUGUGUGUAUAUAUAUAUAAUUGUUGUUUUUUUUUUUUUUUUUUUUUUUGCUUGU